CAGUCUGUUUUCACCAUAAGACAUGGGAGAAGAAUAGUUGAAACGGAAGCUAGCGGAGCGAUCGAGCGAUGGUGUAUAAAUAUUCAGUAACAUUUGACACACAAAGUUUAUGAUAUAAAACAGACUACUUCCUUAACAGGCCUCGACAUUUGGAUAAUAAAUGCCGCGCUGUUUGUUUUCACAACGAGCUAACUGAGCCAGCAGUGAGCAGAAGGAGGAGAAAGUAACGCUGGAGUAAUGUCUGCCAAAACAAACGCUCCUAAGCACAAAGACAGCGGAGAACUUAUUAAAAACUACCACAAGCAGGCGUUUGAGCAUAUAUCGAAGGCACUGAGGAUCGACGAAGAUGACGACGGAGAGAAGGAGGAAGCCGUGCAGUGGUACAAGAAAGGAAUAGCUGAGCUGGAGAGAGGCAUUGCUGUGGAAAUCACAGGAACAGCAGGUGAGCAAUAUGAUCGAUCGAAGAGACUGCGAGAUAAAAUGAAGGCCAAUCUCACCAUGGCAAAAGACCGACUUGCUUUGUUAGAGGCCACAUUAGCAUCUAAGAGUAAAAGUCCUUGUGUCUCAAACUCAAAUCUUGCUAAUUCACACCCAAAGUCCAAAAGUCAGCCUUCAGUGUCCUCCACCAUCAGGCCUUCAACUUCCGGCAGAGCCCCAACAAGACCCAUUGAACCAAAGGUGACCCCUCGCAUAGGAAGAGCUCAAAAUGGAAGACCUCCUGCUGUGAAACAGCCUCCAAAGAGGGAAAUGAAAAACUUCAAGAAUGUGGACUCUAAACUGGCCAACUUGAUCCUGAAUGAGAUUGUCGACAGGGCGGCUUCUGUCUCCUUUGAAGACAUCGCUGGACAAGAUCUGGCUAAACAAGCACUCCAAGAAAUUGUUAUUCUUCCUUCUUUAAGACCAGAGCUGUUUACCGGACUGAGGGCUCCUGCACGUGGUUUGCUUUUAUUCGGCCCACCUGGAAAUGGGAAAACCAUGCUCGCCAAAGCAGUUGCUGCAGAGUCUAAUGCCACCUUCUUCAACAUAAGUGCUGCCAGUCUGACAUCUAAAUAUGUGGGUGAAGGUGAGAAGCUCGUCAGAGCGCUGUUUGCAGUUGCAAGAGAAUUGCAGCCUUCCGUCAUCUUUAUUGACGAAGUGGACAGCUUGCUGUGUGAGAGGAGGGAGGGGGAACACGACGCCUCCCGUCGUUUAAAAACAGAGUUCCUCAUCGAGUUUGACGGGGUGCAGUCAGGCGGGGAGGAGAGGGUUCUGGUGAUGGGAGCAACUAACAGGCCUCAGGAGCUUGAUGAAGCCGUCUUAAGGCGCUUUGCAAAAAGAGUUUAUGUGGCGCUCCCCGACGAGAAGACACGAUGCACGUUGCUUAAAAAUCUUCUGGGAAAACACGGGAAUCCACUAAGUACGAGUGAACUCUCCCAGCUUGCAAAAACAACUGCAGGAUACUCAGGAAGUGAUCUGACAUCAUUAGCCAAAGAUGCGGCACUGGGCCCAAUUAGAGAGUUGGGGCCUGCACACGUCCGCAACAUGUCUGCUAGUGAGAUGCGCAACAUCAAGAUGAAAGACUUUGAGGAAUCCCUGAAACGCAUCAAGCCCACUGUUAGUCCGGCAACUCUAAAUAUGUACACCAAGUGGAACAAAGAUUUUGGGGAUACAUCUGCUUUUUGAUCCUGGGUGGUCUUCUUUGUUGACCUGUAUGGAAACCAUGGGGUAAUUGGUUGAAGCAUUAUGCAAAAAUUUUCUGUUUUAUGGAAAGGCUCUCCAACUACUGUUCUUAAAAGUUUAUUUGCUAUCUGUGAUAAAAAUCAUAAUUUAUUGUGCAUAAUUUCCUGUCUUACCCCUGGAAUAAAAACAUCUUGUUAGUAGCUGUAGUAGACUUACAGAUGUCUGUAAGCACACUUACAGACAUCACCAUGCUUUCAGCUUCAAAAAGUUGAAAGCAAAGUUAAAAAGCAACAAUAACUGGGAAACUUGCCAAAGUGCUUGGUUUUGCUGCUGUGUUCAGAGAGCACAGGCAGCUUAUAGAUACACUUACUUAACUUUUAUUUUCAAAUAAAUGAACUGUUUCUUCUUUUAGUUCUGGCAUGUCGUUGAGUAACUCCAGUAGAUGUAAAAACUCAUCUGUGAAUAAAGACAUUCAUUAAAGUG